GGCAGAACCUGGAAAUGUGGGGAUUGCAGCUUUUUAUCAUAUUUAGUUAAUGCAGGGAUUUAACCAACGCCCAAGGCUAAUCGCAGAGAGAUACCUUUAAAAACUCAACUAUUAUUUUUUAACACAAUGCCUUCUCAAUCACAGAAACAAGUGAUAUAUGACAUAGACGAGGAAGACGCUGAUAAAAAGAGUGUGGAAAUUGAAAAUCCAGCAGACGACAGUCCCGUUAAAACCAGUAAGGUCAAGGUCAACCAUAUGUCAAUUAAGAGUGGAAACAGUGUAACGUCAACCGAUGGCAAAACUGGAAACUACGCCGUAACAAAUACUCCUAUGAACUCUAUAUUCAUGACUGGAAGCGAGAUGUCGGCUGAUAAGCAAGUUAAGGCAAAGCCGGAUGACGAUAUUUAUAUUGACGGAAUCAUCAAAGCUGCGGCCGUUAUUUUUGGCUUCGGUUGUGCUGGACUUGCUAUUGCAUUUGGAAUUCUUUACACAGGAGAAGUAGAGAAGAACAGAUUGCUUGAGAACAGACGGUGCUAUAUAGGUUAUGUACCCGGUCCAUGCCCAGUAGGUGGCGACAUUAUCGAAUCAGAUCCUAAAAAUCCUAGUGUCUUUGAUGAACUCUUCCCAGAUGAGCUCAAUGCUGUUGCAAAUUACAUGUCAAGGGAAAGUGGGAUAGAUUUAAAGGCACCAUCUGUAGCAUUGUCUAAUCAAUCUUACAUAUAUAUCAUUGAACGUAGAUCUCCUGCGAAAUAUACCCUUUUGGAUUAUAUAGAUGGUACGGGAGAUACACCCCUCAGGGAAGCCAGGGUUGUGGUAAAUAGAGGUGAUUUAAAUCCACCGAUCAUACAAGAAUACACUGUGGGUUCUCUACCAAUUCCAACCUAUCACAGACUUGUGUCUAACCCAACAUGGAAGUCCCCAAUAGGAUACUCAAAGCGACCUACAACGUUAUACGAAGCUGGUCAAAUAGAUAGCAUGUUGAGGCAAACGGCUGAAGUCGUAAACGAUCUGAUCUUGAGCAGCUAUGACGGAUACAGCUUUCUACGUAACUGCACACAAAAAUGCAUAACGUGGCAUUUGAUGCCUGGGUCGGGAUCAUCUGGAGAGAGGAAGUUAUGGGUAUGGCUGGUCAGGGUUAAAGAGGGCGCUGCAUUGCACCCUUUGGGUCUACAAGCACAUAUUGAUAUCGCUGACCUUGACCCAGCUUCUUGGAGAAUUGACGCAGUAUGGUACAACAAUAGAUACUUCACGGAUUUGAACCAUUUAAGCACUGAGUACAAAGGAGGGACUGUUUCAGUAGUUGAAUUGUUAGAUCACGACAGUAUAUUUUCAACAUUGAAACGCCGGCCGGGGCAGUCAUUCACCGAUAAACGCCCACCGAAAAUGUUUGAUCCUGAUGGCCGCAGGUAUUCAGUAGACGGACAUACCGUUGAGUAUAUGGGUUGGAAGUUUGACUUCGGAGUCAGGUCAUCAUCUGGGCUUCAAGUCCAUAAUAUCCGUUUCAAUAAUGAUCGUAUUGCAUAUGAAAUCAGUGUGCAGGACAUGCUUUUCAUUCUGACAAAUCCAAAUCCAGCUCUCUUGAGUACGGUUGCAACACUGAACGGUUUUAUUGGACAAUGGGGUUUCACCUUGAUACCGGAAGUAGACUGCCCCGAACACGCCACCUAUUUCGACACACACCACUAUGUAGGGGGUUCCGCUAAGACGCACAAGAGAUCUGUGUGUGUGUUUGAGACUACUACAGGGGGCUCUUUGAGGAGGCACUACGAGAAUGAUCACAUGGGUGGUUACACAUUCGCAGGAGGUAUGCCAAAUAGUGCUCUUGUGCUCAGAACAACAAUGUCUGCAUCGUUUAGUAUGACCUUCGAUGUGAUAUUCUACCAGAGUGGCUCCAUCGAAGUUAAAACAACACCAAGUGGUUAUCAAGAUGCUAAUUUCUACAAUCAAGCCAAAACAAACGGCUAUGGGUUUUCACUCUUUUACGAUACAAUGGGUUCACUUUGGUCAGGCUUUAUCAACUUCAAGAUAGAUUUAGAUGUUUCGGGUACAUCCAACAGGCAUUCGGCCAUUAAGAUCGUAAGUGAAAACAACGAAGACCCGAGAGAUCCACCGAAGCAAAUCAACGCGCAAAAGAUACAGAGAGAGCCAAGGGUCACAGAGAAAGAAGCUGCCACAGAUAUUACACCAGAGGCGCCUAGUUACUUUGCAUUUUACAACAACGAAGAGCGUUCUAGUUUCGGACAUCACAGAGCUUAUAGGAUCCAAACUGGAAGUGUAGCAAAGCAGCUUGUACAGGACUCGGAUAGGACAGCAGCUGUGGCAUGGGCAAGACAAAAUCUAGCAGUCACUCGCUACAAAGAAGAGGAAUGGACGAGCGGUUCAAUUUAUUCAUUGAUGGAUCCGUUCGACCCAGUAGUAGAUUUCCAGCAGUUCAUCGACGAUGAUGAAAAUAUUCAAGACAAGGACCUGGUGGCAUGGUUGACAUUAGGAACCCACCAUAUCCCCUCCAGUGAGGACGUCCCUAUACAAACCUCUCCUGGGAACCAACUGAGCUUCUUCAUCAUGCCAUUUAACUACUUCAAUGAGGAUCCAAGUAUGGGAUCACUUGAUAACAUUUAUAUUAAACCAAAUAAUAAGGACCCGACUGUAUCUGAUGUUGAACGGAACUCUGGAUCAGUCAGUUGUCUAGCUCGAACGUUUGCUUACGUUUUCGAUGGCAUGCGUUAAAAUCACCAACGCAAGCAACUAGACCACGGGUACUUACGAUAUGUAGAAAUGUAUAGUAUUUUAAAGUAUGGAUGUUUUGUAAAAUAGAUCUAAAAUGCUUAGCUACCCGCAAAACAAAUUAUGUUUACAUGAUGAAUAUAUCACACCAUAUUUCAAUUUGCAUUUUUAUUUAGCUAGGUAUAUUUAAAAAAGUAACACCGUAUCGUUCCUUAUAUUGUGGACAUUGGGAUCUCCCUGUUUUU